AUGCCAAGUUUCAUUGGUUCUAAUAUCACAUUAAUAACCAAAUCAAAAAUUCGUUAUUCUGGAACAAUUGUUGGGAUUGAUGCAGAUUCAUCAGCCGUUUUACUCGGUUCUGUUAAAUGUUAUGGUUCUGAAGGUGGUCCACAAACAACAAACCCAACAUACUUUCCGGUGAUGUCAUUUAAAAAUGCUGAUAUAGAAGAUUUGAAAAUCGGUGAUAAUGACGCGAAAUUACAACAACAAACCCAAGAACAUCAAUCAUUACCUUCUCCUACUGUUCCGUCAAUACACGAUGAUCCUGCUGUACUGAGUGUUGUUACAAAUAAAAUAUCAGAACAAGGUGCGUCGCCGUUUGGUAUGCCAUCGAAUCCAUCAAUGCCAAAUGUGAUACGUAGUUUACAAAAUUUCUCAAUUGAUGGUGAAUCAGCGAAAACAAAUUCUGGUUAUUCAAAUGAACACCAGUCGCUCCCUACAUCAAAACGGGAAACUAAACCAAAACAGUUGGACCCAACAACAAGCAAAUUUUUCGAUAAUUUCAGUUCUGAUACCAACAAAAAUUUACAGACAGGUGUUACCGAUCGUUAUUUUCAACCAUUUUGUGAUUAUGGUGACUCUAAAAACAACGAAUCGUCUGGUAAUCAUUAUAUAACUCAUUCAAUGCAAACAGCAAACAAUUUAUUAUCGAAUGAUAAUGGUGAUGAUCGAUCAGUUUUUAACAAUCAUCCUUAUUCUCAAACAGCGAAAUCAUAUCAACAACAAGAUAACUUUGGCGAUAAUGGUGGCUUUAAUCGUUAUUCUUCAUAUGAAACAAGAAAUGAUUAUCAAGGCGGAAAAUCAAAUUAUCAAUAUCAGCAAAGAUAUCAACCUCAACAAAGACAUCAGCAACAGCGCCAAUUCCAUAAUCAGGGAAACAAUCGUCGAAAUAAUAAUUAUCAGCAACAAACAUUCCCAAAACAAAACCGAGAAACGUUCAAUGAUUCUGCAUUUGAAUCAGAUUUUGAUUUUGAUCAAUCGAAUCUAAAAUUUGAUAAAAUAGCUAGUGAAAGUGAAUUUAAACAACACCUACCACCAACGGAUUAUCCUACUUCAUUAUCACAAACAAAUAAUGUUCAGAAUAAUAAAUCAUCGAAAAAUAUGAACAGUAGCCAGAGUAAUGAUGGAGCAUAUACAUACGAUAAAAAGAAAAGUUUUUUUGAUAGUAUCUCGUGUAGUACGUCAAGCGGUAUUGAUGGUGCCCAUGGACAAAACCCAAACUAUCGAACAAAAAAUCAAGAAACAUUUGGCAACUCGUAUUAUCAACGUCGAAAAGAUUAUAACAGACAGCCAACAUACAAUAAUGGCAACAGCAACACUAACGAUUAUCAUCGUUCUCAACAUCAGCAACGAAAUUUUUAUCAAAACUAG